ACGGGAGCAACACCUUAACUACAGGUUGGGUUCCUGUUCAACACAAAAGGUUGGGUUUCCGUUACAGGGUUUUUUUCUUUCUCAAUUAAGGGCUUUCAAUCACGAAUUUUAGAUAUAAUAUUGCGAUUCUGAAAUUUCGGACUGACGAAGGGUUCAAGUCAUUACGAUAUAGAAGUUUGAUACCAAGAAGGAAACUGGAAUUUUCAUAUAAGGUACCUGUGCAAUAUGCACACAUAGUCAAGCAAAAAGUAGAAAACUACUGCAAGUUACAUAACUAAGGGUGCUGUUGUUUUUGUUUCACAAGGGACCGGUACUUAAUGGGAAAUUGUUUCCAGAAGAAAAACAAUGAUGAUGCUUUGAGUGAGAAGGUAGAAUUUGAAGGUGGAAAUGUCUGUCUUAUAACUAACAAAGAAAGUUGGGAUGAAAAGCUCGCAGAGGCAAACAGGAAUGGAAAGAUAGUUGUGGCAAAUUUUAGUGCAUCAUGGUGUGGUCCCUGUAGGAUGAUUGCACCACUCUACUGUGAGCUAUCUGAGAAAUACCCUUCUCUCAUGUUCCUAACUGUGGAUGUUGAUGAGCUGGCUGAAUUCAGUGCUUCAUGGGACAUCAGAGCCACUCCAACCUUCUUCUUCCUUAGAGAUGGGCAACAAGUGGACAAGCUAGUGGGUGCCAACAAACCAGAGCUUCAGAGUAAGGUAACUACAAUUGCCGAGUCAGCAACACAGAGCUCUAAAUGACUCCCGUUGCACGCCCCAUUUUCUCUCUGUUGUGUGUGCUCUCAAUCAAGAGAAAGGGAAUAUCCAUUGAUUUCUUCAGCAGCAUCAUCAUCCAAGCUUUAUCCCAACUAUAUGGGAUCGGUCCGUAGUUAAAUUAUGGGCACUUAAGGUCAUUGAUUUCAUUGUGAAUACACUGAUUUAUAUUUUUUUGAUCGGUGUACUUUUUCAUUUGUAAAUCUUCUUUUUGGGGACUAGAAAGUUGCGUUUUCUUCCUGAGUGGUUUUGUAAGUAAACUACAUAAUAGGUGAAGUUGUGUUAAAUCACUAAAUCGCUAAUUGAGUUCAUUUUCAUAUGCCAAAGGACCCAAAAACAGAGUAUAACUGUAACAGGGGAGGCCUCUUAUUCUAAACCAUAAAUGAACUGAUUUUGUUA